AUGGAGAUGAGCAUGCUCAGUCGCGUGGUGAAGAUCGGUCUUCGCGUCUGCGGAAUCUGGCCGUACUUACCGUCAACCGUUUUAUUUCAGUCGUCAGUUCAGUCAAUCAAAUUCAUCUACACGAUCAACAGCGCUAAACUCUCCCAUCGCUUUUCAAACUGGAUUAUCGGUCUUCAACUGACUGCCAUAGUUCUGUAUAGCUGCGGCGUGCUUGCUGUAAACACUGGUGAUGUUCAAAGGAUGAACGUGUCCGCGCGGGAUCACAUCUUGAAGAUAAAGCUGCCAUUCGAGGUUGACACGUCUCCCAUUUAUGUGCUUGUUACGAUCCUCGAGUUUCUUCAUCUGGCGAUGUGUGGAAUUUCCAUGAUAAAUUCGCUCAUUGUCACUCUGAUACUGCACAUCAUUGGUCAAAUCGAUAUCCUUCACGCCUGGCUAUUGGACGCUAUCUCCAAAAAUUUGAUGCACACUGUGAACGGGAUAACAAUAAGACAGUUGAUAUCAAAGCACCAACAAAUUAUCAUGUUUUCGGAGAACAUCGAGAAUCUUUAUACAUACAUCGCGUUGACGCUAUUCGUGUCGGAUACUCUCAUUAUAUGCUGUCUAGGAUUCAUAAUUGUCACUUCAAUCGGUACACCUGACGGACCGGCAUUCUUAGUGAGAUCCGCAUUAUAUUUUACAUUGUGAUGAACCUCGAAGCAUUUAUACACUGUUUCGUUGGUGAAUACUUGAAUGCAAAGGUUAGCGCCGACAAUCCUGCGGCACUGAUGAUUUCGCUUAUACACGAAAAUCCAAAAUCCAUCUUUUCCUUGUAGAGUAAAAUGAUCGGAGAUGCGGUUUAUAAUUCUCUCUGGUACGAUGUCACCACUGAAAAGAGCCGAAUUGUAUUAUUUAUCGUUCUAAGAUCGCAAAACCGAUUAACCAUCACAAUCGGAAAA